AUGGUGGCCCUGUGGAUGGGCAAGCAUAGACAGGGGCUCCUGCUAGAUAGGGUCCCAGGUGGAGUUGCGCACAAAAGGCCAGGCAACAAGCUCCCACCAGAUGUGCUGCCCUAUGCAACCCACUGUCCUGAGCUUCUCCACUGUCCCUGUGCCCUGGUCCAGCUUGAGAGCGUGGAAGCUGCUGGCCAGGCCUUCACUACCUUACAGGAAGACCCUAGGGGCUUUCGAGUGGUGAGGCUGGUCAAGAAAGGCCAUCACCAGAAUGGGCCUGGGGUGGAAGGAGGCAGCAUUCCGCUAGCCCCCUGUGCCAGCUUAGAGGCUCAGGAACCCAAAACAUCAUUCUCUCCUAAUCUGUUGGGUCCCUUGCCCACAGUGACCCAUUCCUGGUCCUGGGGUCCCAAUUUUGUUCCUCCCCUGCCCAGGCUUGAUGUGAGCAACCUACCUCAUGGCCCUGAUGGCACAAGAGUCACUGGUGAGUUUUUGGGCAGUAUUUUAUGGAGAACUCAAAGAUGGUUUAUUUUCAAUUAUAUAUCCUAUCAUCUCCCCACAGUGAAUCCCUGCUGCUAUUACCCAUGUCAAAACAAAGGUAUCUGUAUACAUUUUGAACUAGACCAGUACCAUUGUGAUUGUACCAGAACUGGCUACUAUGGGCCCAAUUGCACCACGCCAUUGCUAUGGACGAAGAUUUCAAAACACCUAUAUCCUAGCCAUUCCUUCGUCCACUUCCUCCUGACCCACGCUAGCUGGAUCUGGAAGUUGAUCAACGCUACCUUCCUCCGAGAUGUUCUUAUGAGGCUUAUUAUUACAAGUCGAACAAACCUGAUUCCUAGCCCACACAUCUACAACUCAUACCAUAACUACAUGAACUGGGAGUCCUAUUCCAAUUUGAGCUACUAUUCCCGAGUCCUACCCCCUGUACCUGAAGACUGUCCUACCCCCAUGGGGGUCAAAGGGAAGAAACAGCUGCCAGACCCAGAGGUGCUGGUCACAAAUUUCCUGAUCCGGAAAAAGUUUGUGCCCGAUCCUCAAGGGACCAAUCUCAUGUUUGCCUUCUUUGCCCAACACUUCACCCAUCAGUUCUUCAAGACAUCUUUAAAGUUGGGGUCUGCCUUCACCAGUGCCCUGGGCCAUGGGGUAGACCUCAGUAAUGUUUAUGGAGACAACCUGAAGCGCCAGUACCAGCUACGCCUUUUUAAGGAUGGGAAGCUCAAGUUUCAGAUGGUGGAUGGGGAGAUGUAUCCACCAUCAGUGGCUGAGACUCAAGCAUCCAUGAAUUAUCCACCAACUGUACCUAAAGUUUACCAGAUGGCUGUGGGAAAUGAGCAGUUUGGGUUGCUCCCAGGCCUCAUGAUGUAUGCUACACUCUGGCUUCGGGAGCACAACCGUGUCUGUGACAUCUUGAAAUCGGAGCAUCCCACUUGGAAAGAUGAGCAGCUCUUUCAGACAGCCCGACUCAUCCUCAUAGGGGAGACCAUCAAGAUUGUCAUUGAAGAAUAUGUGCAGCACCUUAGUGGCUAUUACUUGAAGCUGAAAUUUGACCCCGAAAUGCUGUUUGGAGUCCCGUUUCAGUAUCAAAACCGUAUCUCCUUGGAGUUUAACCAUCUGUACCACUGGCACCCACUCAUACCUGACGUUUUUGUGGUGGGAGACAAGGAAUACAAUUAUAAGCAGUUUGUAUUCAACACCUCCAUGCUUUUGGACUAUGGUGUAGAGACCCUGGUGAAUGAUUUCUCCAGCCAGCGGGCAGGCAAGAUUGCUGGGAUCAAUAACGUCAACCAUAAUUUGAGGACUGUGGCUGAGAACACCAUUCGUGUAUCACGUCGCCUGAAGUUUCAGUCUUUCAAUGAAUACCGCAAACGAUUUGGCUUGAAACCCUACACCUCCUUUCAAGAGCUCACAGGAGAAAAUGAGAAAUCAGCAGAACUGGAGAAGUUGUAUGGAGACAUUGAUGCUGUGGAGUUCUACCCAGGUUUACUUCUAGAGAAAUCUCUGCCCAAUUCUAGCCUAGGGGAGAGCAUUGUGAAUAUUGGAUCCUCUUUCUCCCUCAAGGGGCUCCUGUCAAACCCUAUCUGUUCUCCUGAGUACUGGAAGCCCAGUACAUUUGGUGGUCAGGUUGGCUUUAACCUUGUCAAGACAGCCACCUUGCAGAAGCUUGUUUGUCUCAAUGUCAAAAAGUGCCCCUAUGUAUCAUUCCGUGUGCCUGAAGGCAAGUAAAAGGUGAAGAGGCCAUUUCCUGAG